UCCUGAACCAAAAUUCGCCGACCACCGCCUAUGUUGGUGCGCACCUUUCAAGCUACUUCUGCAGUAUCCAGUUUGGGGCGCGACUACUGACAUAGACUACGGCUUUAUCACCUUGGAUAAAAUCAUCUAAAUCAUCAUGGCUGGCCCCCAACGGGCUGCCUCAGGGCUGCCGACCAGACGAACAGCGACAGCGACGCGCCCCACCACCAGAAGACUCGGGUCUACAAUGUCGACCACGGACAGAGCGGCAUCUCCAGCGAUUACAUCAAAGGUGCCCUCAUCUAGUGCGUCGCGUGCCACGAAAUCAGCAGUCGAACCUGCCAGCAUUACCGCGAAACGGAAAGAACGAGACUUCGAGCGCGAGAUCAACGAAGAUACGAGCAUCCAUGUCGUCGUCCGAUGCAGAGGCCGGAAUGACCGAGAACUCAAGGAAAACAGCGGCGUUGUAGUGUCCACGGAAGGCGCCAAAGGACAAAGCGUACAAUUGUCGAUGGGCCCAAAUGCAUUGGCCAACAAGACCUACACCUUCGACAAGGUCUUCUCAGCGGCUGCCGACCAAAUCACCGUCUACGAGGAUGUCGUGAUUCCGGUUGUCAACGAAAUGCUCGCUGGCUACAACUGCACCAUUUUCGCGUACGGACAGACAGGAACCGGAAAGACCUAUACAAUGUCCGGCGACAUGACCGACACGCUGGGCAUACUAUCCGACAAUGCCGGUAUUAUACCUCGUGUGUUAUACUCGUUAUUCCACAAGCUGCAGGACACAGAAAGUACCGUCAAAUGCUCUUUCAUCGAGCUCUACAACGAAGAGCUCCGCGACCUACUUUCGGCCGAAGAGAACCCCCGACUGAAAAUCUUCGAAAAUGAGUCAAGGAAAGGCCACAGUGGAAGUACGCUUGUACAGGGAAUGGAGGAAACGUUCAUUGACUCUGCGUCCGCCGGUAUAAAACUUCUUCAAGAAGGUAGCCACAAGCGCCAAGUUGCCGCCACCAAAUGCAACGAUCUGAGUUCCCGAAGUCAUACAGUGUUCACAAUUACCGUGAUGACGAAACGGACAACGGAGUCCGGCGAAGAGUACAUUAGCUCUGGAAAAUUAAACCUGGUCGAUCUGGCUGGUAGCGAGAACAUUCAGCGCAGUGGGGCAGAGAACAAGCGUGCGGCAGAAGCUGGUCUUAUCAACAAGAGUCUGCUCACAUUGGGCCGGGUCAUCAAUGCCCUGGUCGACAAAAGCCCUCACAUCCCCUAUAGAGAAUCGAAACUCACUCGUCUCUUGCAAGAUUCACUCGGUGGAAGAACCAAGACAUGUAUCAUUGCGACAAUCUCGCCAUCGCGCAGCAACCUGGAAGAGACGAUAUCGACAUUGGACUAUGCUUUCCGGGCCAAGAAUAUUCGCAACAAACCGCAGAUUAACUCAACCAUGCCGAAAAAGACCCUCCUGCGAGAAUUCACAACCGAGAUCGAAAAGCUGAAAGGCGAGCUUAUUGCCACGAGACAUCGGAACGGCGUGUAUAUGAGUGUUGAUGCAUACGAAGAGAUGACCAUGGAAAGCGAGUCUCGCAGGAUUGUCAACGAGGAACAACGCGCGAAGAUUGAGUCUAUGGAGUCUAGCCUGCGCCACAAGGUCCAGGAGCUUUUCUCUCUUACGAGCAAUUUCAACGAUCUCAAAAAGAACAAUGAAGAGACACGGAAUGCACUGAAGAAGACGAACGAUGUCCUCGAACAGACUGAGAUUGUCCUUAAGGAUACCAAAUCGCAACUCGAAGAAGAAGAAAUACUCCGUAAGGCGCACGAACAUACAGAGGCUCACCUUCGCGACGUUGGGGCUGGUCUGCUUUCCACCCUGGAUACCACUGUCGCGGACAUCAAUGGACUUCACGCAAAGAUCGAAAGGAAAACCAAUCUGGACACUGCUAACAAGGAAGCUUGGCAGGUGUCUGCGGCCGAGGUUUCGGACGUGACCCAGGUUGUCGAUUCCAGACUCGAGGACUUCCAGAUGCAGCACUCCGAGCUGGUUGAGGCCAUGUCGAACAAAAUCAACGAAUUCGUUACGAGUGAGAUUGAGAACAUCGAGUUGAACAAAUCGCAGCUGCUAGAGACCAAUGAUCUAUUUGACAAAGCAGAGCGGGAGGCCCAUUCUCAAACAUGCGCUGCCCAUGACGAAAUGAACGAGGUACUCGAAGAGAUCAAAGACUUGCGCGAAGAGGUCAAGGGUAAAGUUGGUGAAGGCCUUAAUGGCCUGUCUGCCGCUGCUGCUCGCAUUUCCAAGGAGGUGAUUGGCGAAUUCGCGGAUUUCAAUGCCCAGCUUCAUUCAUCUUACAGCACUCUUGGAAAGGACCUCAAAUCUGUGUUUGAGGAAAUGGUGGCUCAAUUGAACGGACAAAGAAUGGAGAUCAACAAGCUGAGAUUGGAACUCCAGGAUGCCAAUCAGAAAGCGGUCGAGGCGAAUCGCAAGAUCUCGUCGCACUUGGCACAGACUCUGGAAGAGGAGAAUGCAAAUGCAGAGUCUGAGCGUGAUCUCCUGCUUUCUCAAGUAAAGUCUCUCAUUGAGGACUCACGCCAAAGGCAGUGUAGCCGUCUCAAGGGCAGGAUCGACACGAUGCGUACUGAGCUCUCUGCUUCGGGUGACUCCCUGGAGCAUGCGACCGCUCAUUAUGAUCGCCAGGUUGACGAAUGGGUUUUCAAGUCGGAGCAAUUUGCCAAGGAUGUGAUUGCCACUAAGGAUGAGAUGAAAACGAAGAUGCAGAGUGACUGGGAGAGUUUUGAACAACGCAACGCAUCUAUCCACAAGACAACUGAGGCGGUGCACGAAGAAACCGUUCGAAUCGUUGAUGCUCAGAUGAAGAAUAUGAGUAAACAGAUGGAAGCUUUGGACGAUUUCGUAGCCAAGGCACGCUCUCAGAACGGUGUUUACCGAGACGCCCAUCUUUCAAGCCUCCACAACAUGUCCUCCAACGUGCACGAGUCAUAUGACUCGGUCCAUACGCAAUUGUCGGACUUGGGCAGUCGUCUCCAGGAGCUGCAGGAAGGGGCUAUCCAGCAGCAGACUAAUCUACACGAGUCCGCCAUGCCGUUGUCAGACGAUGUGAGGAAGUCGCUCUUGGAGCUUCGCCAACACAUUCAACGCCGAGCAUUUGCUGAGUACGUUGCGACUGGCAUCACCCCCAAGAAGCGUCAUUAUGAUUAUCCGGCAGACCUGCCUCGCACCGAGGCACAUGAAAACAUCAAGUCAAGGUUGAGGACCUCUAGGGAGUUUACGGCUCUUCCUUUCAGUGGCGAAGACCGAAUUUCAGUGCUUGAUAGCUCUCCUGCCACCACACCAGCGAAAGGAUUCGUUUUUCACGAUACCGAGGACGAGGUAGGAUCUCUACCACCCAAGACCACCGUCACUCCUUCCAACAGCGGCCUUAGGGAAGUCGAUGCAAACGUCGCCGCCAAGGCCCUCGUAACUAGUGCGGCCGAUGACAAGGCCACGCGCAAGUCCUCUGGCGUGGGAGUUGAUGCGGACUGUGCUGAUGGAGAGCAGCCGCCUCCCAAGAGACGUUGUUCAAGCACCACGACCGCCGACGCCAAACUACCUCCGAAAUUACUCAACCGGAAGAUGGCCGGAAUCAUGGAAGGCCCAGAGAAUGUACCGCCCGUCGAAACCCCGAGUGGCAGAAGACUUCGAAAUCGGCCUUCUCCUUGA